AUGGCCGCCAACCGAAAUCGCCGAAUCCAGAAAGAGAUUCAAGACAUCAUCAAAGACACCCACUCUGGCAUCACGGUCACCAAUCCUCAAGGAGGGAGCGACAUCACCGACUUCAUGCAUUUCAAAGGCCACUUUCGUGGACCACCAGACACUCCAUAUGAAGGCGGACAGUACGAGGUGGAUAUCAAGAUCGGUUCCGAAUACCCAUUCAAGCCGCCAGAGAUGCGUUUCGUCACCAGGAUCUGGCAUCCAAAUGUGUCGUCACAGACCGGUGCCAUCUGCCUAGACACAUUGGGAGCCCAGUGGUCUCCCGUGCUUACACUCAAGAGCGCACUCAUCAGCUUGCAAAGCUUGCUCAGCAGCCCAGAGCCAAAGGACCCACAGGAUGCAGAAGUCGCCAGCAUGUUGCUCACGCGUCCGGAGGAGUUCAAGCACGUGGCUAAGGAGUGGGCUGUGAGAUACGCCAACGCCCCACGACCUCCUCCGGGCAGCGGUAAGACUGGGGCCGGUAGUUCUGGUGACGGUGAUGUCGGUGCUUCCGAGAAGAAGAAGAUUGAGGAGAAAGAGAAGAAACGGAGGGAGGAGCAGCAACGGCGAGCAGCAUACAAAGGCUAUAACCGGAACAUGAUCGAUAAGUUUACAGCCAUGGGCUUUGGAGUCGAGCAAGUCGUUGCUGCGUUCGAGUACGUCGGCAUCGAUAAGGCAGGCGGAGAGGAGUAUGAGCUAGAGGAAGAAUACAUGGGAGAUGUAACGGCGCGGCUCUUCGGUGAGAUGUAA